AAGGCUCGAGCGGUGGGGAGGAGGGUCCCCGCGCCCCGGCGCCGGGGCAGCCCCAGGGCCCUCUCCGAAGCCUGCGGAGCGUCUCAUUGGGAGGAGGUGGCGGCUGUGGCGGCGGGAACGGUGACCUUGUCCAGACCGAGCCCGCGGUGGACGUAGGGCGGAGGCCGAGCCCCGGCAGGAGUCUUUGCCGAGCCGGAGGGAGGCGCAUCUGGCGCUUCGGUACUAGCGGUAGCCGGGGGUCUGGAGCUGUUGGAGAAGCGCAGUGGGAGCUGGGAAGAUCUAACCCGUCUGGACGGCGGACCCCUGCGUCCCGGAGCCCAGUCUCAGGCACGGCAAGGGGCGAAGCCACACGUCUUUUCGGGGAGCCAGUUCACACGCACCAGUUUGCAGUUCCAGGUAUCCCAGUAAUCUCCAGCACCCAGACGCGGAUAACUGGAGGCGCGGAGCUAAAUCCUCUGCGCCCAGGUCACCUCCCCAGACCUAGAGUUGCAGGGAUCAGGGCUUCAGGGCUCACAGACCCAAUAGCCAGGUCAGACCGCGAGUCCAUAGGAGCGCGAGCCCCACCCUAAAAAGAGGGCGCAGCUGGGAGCUGAGAAGCAGUGCCGACUCCAGAGGUCGUGCGGUGGGCGCCGUCCUAGUGGCGGGGAGCGCGCCGCGGAGGGGACAUGAGAUCGGAGAAAUCCCUUACGCUGGCGGCGCCAGGGGAGGUCCGUGGGCCGGAGGGGGAGCAGCAGGACGCGGGAGACUUCCCGGAGGCCGGCGGGGGCGGGGGCUUAUGUAGUAGCGAGCGGCUGGUGAUCAAUAUCUCGGGGCUGCGCUUUGAGACGCAACUGCGCACCCUGUCGCUGUUUCCCGACACGCUGCUGGGAGACCCGGGCCGCCGCGUCCGCUUCUUCGACCCCCUGAGGAACGAGUACUUCUUCGACCGCAACCGGCCCAGCUUCGACGCCAUCCUCUACUACUACCAGUCGGGGGGCCGCCUGCGGAGGCCGGUCAACGUGCCCCUGGACAUCUUCCUGGAGGAGAUUCGCUUCUACCAACUUGGAGAUGAGGCCCUGGCCGCCUUCCGGGAGGAUGAGGGCUGCCUGCCCGAGGGUGGUGAGGACGAGAAGCCGCUCCCCUCCCAGCCCUUCCAGCGCCAGGUCUGGCUUCUCUUCGAGUACCCAGAGAGCUCUGGGCCGGCCAGGGGCAUAGCCAUCGUCUCCGUGUUGGUCAUUCUCAUCUCCAUCGUCAUCUUUUGCCUGGAGACCCUGCCCCAGUUCCGUGCAGAUGGUCGAGCUGGAAGCAAUGGUGGUGGUGUGAGCAGAGUCUCCCCAAUUUCCAGGGGCAGUCAGGAGGAAGAGGAGGAUGAAGACGAUUCCUAUACAUUUCAUCCUGGCAUCACCCCUGGAGGAAUGGUGCCAGGGGGCUCAUCCUCACUAAGUACUUUUGGGGGCUCCUUCUUUACUGACCCCUUCUUUCUGGUGGAGACCUUGUGCAUUGUUUGGUUCACUUUUGAGCUCCUGGUGCGCUUCUCCGCCUGCCCCAGCAAGCCAGCCUUCUUCCGCAACAUCAUGAACAUCAUUGACUUGGUGGCCAUCUUCCCCUACUUCAUCACCCUGGGCACUGAGCUGGUGCAGCAGCAGGAGCAGCAGUCAGCCAGUGGAGGCGGGGGCCAGAACGGGCAGCAGGCCAUGUCCCUCGCCAUCCUCAGAGUGAUCCGCCUGGUCCGGGUGUUCCGCAUCUUCAAGCUCUCCCGCCACUCCAAGGGGCUGCAGAUCCUGGGCAAGACCUUGCAGGCCUCCAUGCGGGAGCUGGGCCUGCUCAUCUUCUUCCUCUUCAUCGGAGUCAUCCUCUUCUCCAGUGCCGUCUACUUCGCAGAGGCCGAUGAUGAUGAUUCGCUCUUUCCCAGCAUCCCGGAUGCCUUCUGGUGGGCAGUAGUAACAAUGACCACGGUGGGUUAUGGGGACAUGUACCCCAUGACAGUGGGGGGCAAGAUCGUGGGCUCACUGUGUGCCAUCGCUGGGGUCCUCACCAUCGCCCUGCCUGUGCCUGUCAUUGUCUCCAACUUCAACUACUUCUACCACCGGGAGACGGAGCAGGAGGAGCAAGGCCAGUAUACCCAUGUCACUUGUGGGCAGCCUGCACCGGACCUGAAGGCAGCUGACAAUGGACUUGGCAAGCCUGAAUUCUCCGAGGGUCCCCGGGAACGGAGACCCAGCUACCUUCCCACUCCACAUCGGGUGUAUGCAGAGAAAAGGAUGCUCACUGAGGUUUGACCAGUGCAGGCAGGGCCUGCACGAGAAGGAUGGCACUGAGCAGACAAUCUCUUAGCCUUCCUUCUCAUUCUCCACUACUCUCACCCUGGCUCCAGUUGACUUUCUGACCCCUUCUCCUCCACCGAGUGGAUGGCAGUCUGGACUGUCAACCUUGUUGCUUGAUCCCUGCAGCAUUCAAGGUUUAUCCAUCUAAGUGACAUUUUUGAAAUUCUAAUGGUGCCACCCAUUCAUGCCCAUCUUCUGUCACAUGGAUGAGAUUUCCAUCUGACCAUCCCUCAAGACUGCUUUUUCAUGUCUGGGACUUGUAAUAUCUCUAAGAACAGAGAUGUCAACAGGAUGGAAACCAAGCAUACAUGGGUCCUGUUUCUCUCUUUAGCUUUGGGGCAUGCACCUGUCUUAGCUUCUGGCCAUGUGGUGACUAGCAGAAGCUGGAGGACAGAAAGAAUACUCAUCUUGCUGUUUUAUUCCAGUGCCCUGUAACACCCGCUGGUCAUUUUGCAGAAGACCCUCCGUAGAGCCUUUAGCUGCGCAGCCUCAAAAGAUGUUAUUCAUCUCUAAUAUUGGACAGAAUUAGAGAAACUACAAUUAAAUUUGGCCAUUUGGAGGACAUUAGAGUCAGUCCUGGACCAGAGGGGGCAAUGGAUUUCUCCAGGUGUGUUCUGGCACAGUAGACAUCAGCUUUUGGUCUGUGUUUAGUCCUCCCCACUCUGAUCCCCUGAUCUUUAGCUUCCAGGAAGGUUCCUUCUUAGAGCCAAAUACUCUCUUUGUGCAAGUGCCUUCCUGUGCAGAGGAACUGGAACAAGGGAACCACAGAGCCAGUAGAAAAGGGUGAAUAGAGUCAAGCAGUUGGCUUGACUGCAUUUGUGAAGAGAGGUGCCACUUAGACAUUGUCAUCUUGAAGGGGCAGAGGAAUUUUGUUGCAGAAGGCAAAUCUCUCUCACUUGCUUUCCCCUAAUCCUCUCUAGCCCUCCACCCUUCUUCCUGGGGAUUUGACUUAGGAUUGCAGUUGAAGCCUUUCUAAAGCAACCUCCAGCUGAAACCCAGAGACAAGAGGGAGCACACGCUGGGUGCCAGCCUGGGUCUCUGCCCAUUUUAUGGGCAAUGAAGUAGGUGGUUAGAGUGGGAAGAAGCAUUAUUCCUUUGCUCACAGCCUGACUGUUGGAGGUUUUUUGCUGAGUCAAGCAAACAUUCGCUUGCUCUGCCCCUCAGAGCUGCAGCCGACCUGUUCUCCCUGGUAAGGUAAUGUAGGGGUGGUACCACCGGGACUAAGCCAUCCUCUUGCAUCGUGAAACCGCUGCCUUCCAUCCCAUCGUCCACUUCCCCCCAUUUCUCUCCUAGUAGCAUCAUCAUUAGUUUGUUGCCUUGAUAAACUGUGAUGUACUGUUCUGAGCUCUUCUGGGUGCAGUUCAGAAACCGAAAGGACUGUUAACGUGUUUUUAAUUUUAUAUCUAUCCUUUAAGACUCUUUGUGAGAAUUUUUAAAAAAAAAUUAUUUUCUCGAGCAACUUAUGAAAGAUGGCCUUUUGAGGGUUUUCUUGAGAGACACUGUGGCUCCUGUGAGUGCCAGAUCUAAAUCUGGAUUUUACCACAGUUUUACAGGGUAACUUUGGUGCCACAGUUCCUCCUUGUGCCUCAGUUUCCCCACCCAUUAAAUGGGAACAUUAAUGUCUUCCCCUCCCUACCUCAUGGAGAAUGUCGAACUCACCUGGGAAGCUGGGAAUGAUGCUAUGCAAAUGUGUGAAUUUUAGACUUGACUUUUAGUUCAUUAUCCUCUUUCCCUAUCUCCCAAAGGCAAGGCCUCUCCCCAGAGGUCCUGCUUUGGAUCCAAAGUCCAAGAAUAGGCCAUUCUGGGCAUUAGCUCCUUAAAUCCCUCUUUAGUCUCUUCAACUGGGCCUCAGUCUUUCUUCUUACCCUUCUGCAAGGAGGAUACACUUUAGACAGGCUUAGCGGGCCAGGCUUCCAGGGCCAGAGGCCACCUUGAUUAGGAGUGUGGCUUCUCCAAACCUGAAAUACAGUAGGAGAGAGAGGAGUUCAUGAUUCAGAAGCUGCUCUGAGGCCAUCAAGUGCUGGUUUUCCAAAUCUGUUCCGUUACUCCUGGCUAUUUGGGGAAAGGAAGGACCCAUUCCAGAGGCAAAAGGGAUGCUUCCAGCUGAGGGUAACUGUUGGAACAGGUAUGCAUGUAUCUCUAUAUAUGUGCAUGUGAUCAUCCUCAUCACCACACCUAAUCAAACAUUUCCUUUUCAAGUCAGAGCAUGCCUGAAAGUAAGGGUUUGUGGAAAGCUGGGCUCUCCAGGGACUCUGGUUGCCAUAUCAACCUUCCAGACUGUUCUCUCUAUCUUCUGAUUUGGGCAGCAAGGGAGAACAGGAGACUACAUUUUCUCAGCUUCUGAAAUGGGAACACCUCCCACAUAUUGAUUUAGGGACUGCUAGUGACAGGACAGGGAUGUGUGACCUUCGGAAAAUGAGGGGGUAGCAGGUCGCCAAAACUUCCUCCCUGGCCCUUUCUUCCUGGUUUCCCCACCCAGUCAUUGAAGCUGCCUCAUCUCACCCCUGAUUCUCCAGAAACUUGAAUGCUAAGCAACUGCCAGUUAAACCAAUGUCAAUAUUAUCUUUUUCAAAAUGACAAGGGGAGCCUUGGAGGGGACAUGCUCCUGGAGAGGCAGCUGGGCUGGGCCUUGCCGAGAGUCAUAAUAGUUUUAGUCCACAGUAUCAUGGACUUCUCGACUCCUCAGAGUGAGGUUCCACCCAGCACUAAGAGAGACAGAGAAAAAUGAUAUUCCUUUCUCCAGAGAGUCUAGCUUUGCUCCUAGGAAUCCUGUAGGUGGCUCUUCUUAAGACGUCGAAGAAAAACUGAGAGGCUGUGACCUGACCUAGUUUCUGGGAAGGAUUUUGCCAAGCGAUCCUUCUCUGACUCUGAGCUUCUUCAUGUGGAUUUUGUGCCCUGUGCACCGAGAGAAUAUUCAGCCUCUGUUGCUGCGACAGCUGGGGUGGCGAUUUUAGAGCUGCCAGCAAAGGCAGGGUUCAUCGUUACACCUGACUCAAGGCAGCAGGAGCUCCCAGAGGGCCUCCUGGAUCUGUCAGCUUGGCUGAGAUGUGAGACAUUCCUCCAGCCUGAUCAUCCCCAAGGAGAGAGACAGACAGCUGGCCGUCUUUGCAUCUGAGGUGAUGAAUUGGCAAGUAUGCAGCAUCGCAUGUCCCACACCCAUAGCUGUGUCAGGAAUAUAUUUAAUUUGCAAGGAAGUCGGCUGAAGUCACUUAAUGACGUGUAAGUAGAGAAUAAGACAAAAGCACGUGCAAUUAUGGAGCAGGAAGAGACUUCCACAAGUCACGGAAUCUCCUGCUCUUACCGCGUGAGAACAAGUUCUACUGAUCCCUGGCCUGUUCUGAAACAUCCCCAGAGAGAGCAUCCAUAACCCAGACUCCUUCAAACUGUUCGGGUUUGAGCUCCACAACUUUAGCUAUCAGGAUGUUUCCCUUCUGUUUCGGUUACACAUUUCUGCUGUACUUUAAACUUCCUUCCUUCUCUUUCGUCCUCUACUGAAUGGGUACUCAACUGACCCUAUUGCCUGGAAACACUUCUUAUGCCAGAGUUCCGCAAAUGUGAUCUGCAGAGCGCUAGUCCUUCACGAGAUUCCCAGGCACUACAUUUCACAAACGCUGUGUCUUGGAGAUACACAGUGCAUGUGAACAUAAGAUUAAAGGCUCUGAGAAGUCCUGCAGCAAGUAAACCUAUUUCACUUCUUUAACCCCAUGUUCUUCAAAUUAUUUUUACCGGAGAGUCUCCACCCCCUUUUUUGGGGUAACUUCUGUUCACAUCUCACAAAAACUGUAAUCCAAGGAAUACAUCUUGAGAAACUCAAAAGAGAUCUGAAACUCUUUGUGAUGGAUUUGAAUCCAUGGAGACUCAGCCCUUAAAAGUUUCCUCAAAUGGACCAUUUUGUGGUUUCUUAUCAACCCUCUUGAAGUUCUCCACACUCCUCUUGAGUUGUGCAGAGCCAUACAGAAUCAGUGUUUUGGUCAAGCUCUGAAUAUGUGAAAGAGGACAUCCUCUCCCCUGUUGACCUUCACAGUCUUCUUAAAUAGAGAAAAAUAACUGUAAGCGCUGGUCUUAUUUGUUAGAUUUUGAGUUUCUGCUCUACUUUGCUAGCAAACGUCCAUAUUGCAGAUGCACUCCUCCAGAUAGAUGACUUGUGGUGGUGUCUUAUGAUGUAACUGCCCAAUUUCCACGCAUGUUGUUAAUCAAAUCAAAGAUUAUAACGUGUGUUUCUAUUUACAAGUACUUUUCUAACUCAACUGGACCUUUUAAUGAAAGCAUUCGAGCACACCUUUACUGAUCAUCAUAUUUAUAAAACCUUAUGCACAAUCUGAGCAAGACACAAGGAAGUACUAGCAGUGAGCUCUAAGUAACCAGGUGUUCAGUCUUCUUUCCCAUUUUGAUAAACACUGUUUUCAAGCGUGACACACUCUUUCUCUCUCCCAGGGAACUUCAGGCGCUGGUACCUCCCUGUUGGAUCUCGUUCCUCCAGUGCUGGGACUGAAGUUCUCUGGGAAGCUCUUUCUGCUGCGUGUUCUUUGUGCUGGCGAGGGCUCUUAUCUUUGACUCUUCUCUGCUCAUCCCUGGAAAAGCCCAACGCUCUUGUCUGCUCCUCCAGAGCUGGCCCAGGAUGAAAUUCUUCAGUGUUUUCCCUUCUGGGCUCAGAUGGAAAAGGAGGAAGGAUGUAGUUGGCUCUUGGCCUGUUGUUGCGUUUGCACCUGCUUCUUCUCUGGAUGUCUUGGGCUGUGAGGAGGAAUUUCUGAUAUCUGACUGUUUCUUUCAUUGUUAAAUCCACUAAAAGGCAGAACAAGCUGACUGUGGGGAAGGCAGGAAUCGCAUCUGAUUCUGCAUCUCUCAUUGACCUGCUGUGUGCCCCUGAGCAAGUCACCCGGCUGGCACCCAGGAAAUUUUAGCUAUUUGGAUUCUUCUCUGGCCCAGUGUCUUCAUCUGUAAAGUUAGAUGUUAGACUAGACAAUUUUUGAGUUUUUGCUUAAAAAUUCUAUGGAUGCUCAAGCUUAUUCAUUAAACGUACAGCUGGUUCCUUGAUAACUUGGCAAACUUUAUUGCUUGUCUUUUGCCACCAGAAUAAUCAUUUAAAAAGAGAGUUGGAUUUACUAAAAUCCCAACUUUAUAUAGAAUCGUUGAAUUUUAGACGUCAUCUCCUCCAGCUUCUUAUUUUACAAAGAUCAGAACUUAACACUUAAAAAUAUAAUGAGCAGGUUGUAGCAAAGUUUUAAAAGAGAUGUAAUAAUUUUUAUAUAAUACCAAGUAUAAUAAAUCUCUUCCCUCUGCUUUUCUCUUCCCUCUCUCCCUCCCUCCUUCCCUUCCUUCCUAUUUUUCUCAGAUGAGGUCUAUCUUGGUUAUUAAGUGAUUCCAGAUCUUUUUUAUUUCAAAGUUGCAAAAUAAACAUUCCUCGGUCUUGGCUGUGUUAAGCACCUUGGCAUUGUGAUUGGAAACAUGCUGGGCAUGGAAAGGCACGUCUAUAUUAAGCAGAAGCAGGGGAAUGCAGACCAGCUGGUGCUGACCAGGGUUCUCUGGGUGUCAGGCUCCCCACUGGUGGAGGGAGCCUGUAAGGAGAAUAAAGGAAAGAAAAGUUGGUCCAAGGCUUUGAUAUCCUUAGACAAAGUAGAAGCUAGCUCUUUCCAUUUCUGGGAAAGGGCAGUGACCCCAAGGGCAGGCGUUGGACUGUGUGCUGGGGUGGCCCCAUGGUGCCGUCAACGGCUCUGGACAGACGGUCUUGGCUGGAUAGAACGCAUCUGGCUUUUCCUUCCAGCUCAGCCCUGGGAGCCGGCGCUGCACGUCCAGACCAGGGGCCCCACUGAGCCAGGUCCCAGCCCGCAGGCUCCGCCAGGUCCUGGUGCUUCUUGCUGUCUGUUCCUCCUCCUCCCCCUCCCGUUUAGCUGCCCCUCCGGCUCCCAGUGCAGCCCGACGACACAGCGGGGCCUGGCUGCGUGGGCUCCUAAUGCGCCCUUUCACCUUGAGCAAGUUGCUUAAAAUAAACAUUUUAUUUUCUGACUUUAAAAGUAAUAUCUGCUCAUUAUGGAAAAUUAGUACAGUUCAGAGAAGUGUAAGGAAGAGAAUAAAAGUCCCCAUAAUCCCACAACUGGAGACAUUCAUACAUUCUUGGCAUUUUGUUGUGUUUUUCUUCCAGACUAGCUCUGUCUCUAUAUCUCCGUAGAGAUCAUAUUGUAUGUCAUUUUAAAAACUUCAUAUUAUAUCUCUACUUAUCUCAUGCAAUUAUUCUAUAACCGUCAUAUAGUGCACUCUUAUUUUGGUAACUUUUCCCCUAUUUUUUGACAUUUAGG